GAACAGAAUAAUAACAAAACAUUAUCGCAGAACUGUCAGAAAGCACGUGGUUCUUUUUGCCAAAUAGGUAACCUAAGCCGACAAUGAGACAAUUUCCCUAUUAUCCUCCAAAAAUUAAAUAGGCAUCGAUGAGAGGUAAGAUGGCGUUUUGUGGAGGCGCCGCGACGACAGCGCCGAUAUUUGCGACGUUGUCCGCGCCACGACGCGUCCUACCCACCUGUUUGAUGGUCCAGAGUUGAAGCAACAGAUAGUUGGAUUUGUUUUUGAAGUUGUUUUGAGUUUUGUUUUGCAAUUUGGGUUUUGUUUAGUUGAGUUUUAGUGUGUUGUUCAUUUGAAUUUAGUUUUUUUUAUUCAGGUUAUUCUGUUUAUAUCGUUUAAUCACGAUAUCUGGAAUCUGUUAAAGAUAAAGGAAUAAUUUUAAAAUGGUGUCCCCAACAACUUGCUGUUUUUAGACAUUGGAGGUGCGAACAAGACAAGGGACAACAAGAUGCAGCACACGGCGGGAUCGCCUCAGCAGUUCUGUCUGCGAUGGAACAAUUACCAGUCGAAUCUGACGAACGUUUUCGAUCAGCUGCUACAGAGUGAGUCGUUUGUCGAUGUGACGCUGGCUUGCGAUGGGCACUCGAUGAAGUGUCACAAGAUGGUCCUGUCUGCGUGCAGCCCGUACUUUCAAUCGUUGUUCUUCGAGAAUCCGUGUCAGCACCCCAUCGUGAUCAUGAGGGACAUCAAGUGGCCGGAGCUCAAGGCGGCCGUGGAGUUUAUGUACAAGGGCGAGAUAAACGUGUCGCAGGAACAGAUAGGUCCUCUGCUCCGCGUGGCCGAGUCCCUGAAGAUCAGGGGUCUGGCCGAUGUGAACGGCGAGCAAGACACCGUGACAACGGCCGCCGGCGAGAUAACCACCAAGCCGUCCCCGAUCAAACAGCUGUCUACCACGACUCCCGUGCCGAUGACCCCGAAUUCCAACAGCGCGAUGGAAUGGGAGUCCGGGAACGGUCAUCCCGCCAAGAAGAGACGCCGUUCCGGGGAGAGGAGCAGCAUCAGCAGUCCUGGCGAGAGCGCGGCCAGCACGACCGCGGACGUCCCCGAGCCCCCGCUGUCGGUGGAGAUGUCCCCGGCGCCUUCAUCGACCCCCUUGCCCCCUUCUAGCUCGGCCGAACCGAUGCCGCUGAAUUUGCCCUUGCCGUCGCACGUGGCGCACAUGCCUCCCUCUGACGAUAUGGAGAUCAAACCUGGUAUUGCUGAGAUGAUACGCGAGGAAGAACGGGCUAAGCUUUUGGAAUCUUCCCAUGCUUGGCUCGGCGCUUCCACAUCAUCAAUAGCCGCAGAUAGCUACCAGUACCAAUUGCAAUCCAUGUGGCAAAAGUGCUGGAACACAAAUCAGAGUCUUGUUCAUCACUUACGCUUCAGGGAAAGGGGACCUUUGAAAUCCUGGAGACCAGAAACGAUGGCCGAGGCAAUUUUCUCCGUGUUGAAGGAAGGUUUAUCGCUCUCGCAGGCCGCUAGAAAAUACGACAUUCCCUAUCCUACUUUUGUGCUUUACGCUAAUCGAGUUCACAACAUGUUGGGACCCUCUGCAGAUGGUGGAUCAGGUAAUCUCAGGCCCAAGGGUCGUGGCCGACCUCAGCGCAUCCUCCUCGGGAUCUGGCCGGAUGAGCACAUAAGAGGUGUUAUAAGAGCAGUUGUUUUCAGAGACUCCCACCAUAUCAAAGAAGAACAACAAAUUCAUUAUCCCAGAAUUCAUGAUUCGGUAAGCAGUGUCAACACAUCCGGAGUGAACACUGGUACCACAGCUAAUAUCCAAAACUUCCCAAACACAACCUGCAACGAUGCUUCGGAUCCGAACGUAUCCCCAGCUGCGGCCGCAGCAGCCGUUGCCGCAGUAGCGCAAGGUUUACGACAGCAGAUGUGCAGCAUGGUAGCGGCGGCUAAUCAAAGUUCUGCCCACGAAACAAACCCCGUAGCGAGUCUGGUGAACUCUCUCGCAUUCGGCAACGCUUGCGGCAACAUGCAAAAUAACGGUUCGCUUCCAAUGGGUAUGAUGCCCAAUAUGAGCCACAUAACCUCUCUGCGUAGUAUAAGCAGCCCCGCCGGUUGCAUACAAGACCUUAGGAUAAGCCCGUCGGAAUCGGCACUAGAAAGUCCCAUCUCUUCCCCGCUCGGCCUAACAGUUCCCAGUUCCAUGGAGCAGACCAUGAACUUAUCUCUGUCCCACAAUAUGAACACUACCAGUGCGACGGGUAUGACGUACAAAUCCUCGCGGCCGUACUCGUCUCCGAGACCUGAAAAUCUCUUCCAAGAAGAUAUUAACGAUCUGGUGAAACCGAUCAAUUCUUCCACCCCCAACACGAGAGAGUCCAUGCCUAUCAAACUGGAACCGAUGACGGACUGUCGAGGCGAAUGAGAGAGUACCAUGAUCGAGUACAAUGUGAUAAAUUCUCAUUAGUUAAAACAGUUGAUUGUAAAAUAAGGCGCAUCUAAUUCUCCCCCAGGACAAUGACUGCAAAACAAAGACAGAUUUCUGGGACGAUGAAAAUUGAUCCCCUUUAUCUUUAAUGGAAACAAUCUUGGAUUUAGUGUUAUGAUAAAUUAAAUUCCAUUUAGGUAUCGCAAACUGCAAGAAGACAAUUUAAAAACUUGCCAGGCCAAUUAUGUCUCGACAAGGAUGUUUUCAGAGAAAAUGCCGGAACAGGUCAAUUUUUAAAGGGAGGGGGGCAUAUUUUGAGCAGA